AUGAACCCCCAUCCAUAUACCCACCCAGAGAUCGAAUUCCGACAGGCGGAGCUCGUGAAGACUGGCCCCUUCAUCGACUCAGACGGGAGUACCAGCGGGAAGACGCUAGUGGACCUGCUCGAGGUAUACCCAGAUAGAACAGAGUGGAAACCAAAGCUGGACCAUUCAGAGCUUGUAGAGCUCGUCAAAGUAGAUGAUGUCGGGAAGUCCAGCAAGCCACCACCAUUGCGAAUAUUCUUCUUCGAUAAUCUCUUCUUCCUGUCGGAGCAUCCCUACAACGAGAUCAGCUCGACAGGGUACUGGAUGCGCCAGCUCUGGGGUGUUUCGCCGAUAUUCAUGGCCGUCGCGACACGCAGACACGGUGGGAUAAGGGGUAGUGGAUGCUUCGUGCGUCGAGACAAGGACGGGAAGAGAUCUUCUCUGGACGGCGUGUAUCACUUUUCCAGCGGCAAGGAUCCUGCGACCACCAUCUGGUUCUCCCACAGCCUAGUGGAAGGCCAAGGUUCCACAUACAUCAUCCACAAAUUCCCCGAGGAGACGAAGAAGGCCCUUCUCGCAUGCAUUGACACCUGCCUCCUGCGACCUCUGGCUGUCGACAUGUUCCUCGCCGAACGCGUGAAGCAUUCCCGCAUCCACUGGACUGUGGGGUUCCCGUGGGCAAAGCCGCAUUUGUUUCCGGGUCUUUCGACUAAGAGAAAGCUAGCAUCUGCGAGAAAACUAAGGGUAAAAUAA